AUGGACAUGGCAAGGGAAAUAAUAAAUAGUUAUAAAAAAGAUAAUAAGCUUAAAAAUUUGAUUCUUGUCGAAUCUGCAAUUCAACAUGAAUAUGAACGCAAUGAAGAUGGACGAGGAUAUCUACUAAACUUUAUGAAAACUAAUAAACUUGAACAACUCAAAGCUUUUCCUGAUUCAAUUUUGGCUUAUAACAAUUUCCUUUCUGUGGUUACAUAUAUUUAUUUUAAUAAACUGGGAGUUGAAGAAAUGAAUAAAAUGUUAGCUUCUCCAAAGGAAGAACAGGAGGAGGAAGUUAAAGAUGAAAAGGUUAAUGAUGAAAAGAAAAAAGGAAAGAAGGAAGAUGUUAAAGUUAAAGGGAAAGAAGUGGUUAAAGAUGAGAAGAAAAUGGAUGUAGAGAAGGAUAAUAAAAAUGAAAACAAGGAAGGAGUAAAGGAUGCUAAAAAGGAAGAUGUUAAGUUGAAAGGGAAAGAAGUGGUUAACGAUGAGAAGGAGGAAGAAAAGAAGGAUGUAGUUAAACACGAGGAGAAGAAGGAAGGUAAAGAGAAGAAGAAGGAUGAAGUUAAAAAAGAAAAGGAGUAAAAUGGGUAAACUUUGAUGAAUUAUU